UAUGAUCAUUGGAAAGGGCAAGUGCUGACGGCAGAGGAGCUUAACGUUCUCUAUGCGGGUAUCAAACUCAACAACGUCAACCAUUAUGACUACAUCCUCACAGGUGAGACUUGCAGCUGUUUCAGUUUUCAAUAUUGAUUCUAGAAUAGUAUGUAGGAUUGUUAUGGCUGUGUUGACCUUUAACCCCCUAAGGUCGAUGGCCGCACCCCCGCGGAAAUCAAAAAUGUCAGUUUUAAGAUAUCUGCAUUGGAUGCGUCUCAACCCAUCACAGCCGCCUGUGUCGCCCUUCCACAUCUGCAGUGAAAGGUGACAGAGCUAGAGCGGUGUUUGUCAGACCAUGAGACAUCCCGAAAACCGGUCUUCUCACAAAGUCGUCUGUAGCAUCCGAACGGUUUGGCUUAGAAAAUAUUAUGACCCCUUUUUGGGAAAGAUGAGACUCUCACGAACACGAUGGGGGUCUCCGUUUUGCUCUAUGAUGCCCACAAGCAUCUUGGGACUCGUCUGAAGCCGGUACAACCCAUCUGCCAACUUCUGUAUGUAGCAUCUGAACAGUUUGGGCUACACACUAAUAUGACCCCUCUGUGCAAAGGUGAGACUCUCAUGAACACACUGUUUUGCUCUAGUACGCCCACAGGCCUCACAAGACUUGUCUGACGAUCCCCUGGUACCAGUUCAAAACAUUAAUGGAAGUGUAAAUGGAGACUGUUUAGUGCCAAAAAUAAGGGGUUAAAUACAUGUACAAAAAUAUAUAUAUAUAUCCUGAUCUUUCUUUUAUCCCUCAGAUAUAGUACGGACACUUCAGAACAAACAUCCUUUAAAACAUUUUUGGGGACUAUCUGUUAUUCAAUGCGUUUGUAUGGGCUAAUAGCACUAAGACCAAAUAAAAAUGUUCAUCAAAUAUUUUUUUGAUACUUCAAGGGGUCUAAAAAUUCAAAAUCAAAUAGCUGAAUGAUAUUUGGUAUGACCUUCUUAAAACAAUUCCAUACAGCUUAGUAGAACCCCCCCUCCCCCGGCUUAGACAGGGCUUAGACUGUUUAGUGCCAAAAAAUAAGGGGUUAAAUACAAAAAAAAGUAUAUAUACUACCACCAGUCAAAAGUUUGGACACAUCUACUCAUUCAAAGUUUUUUUUUUUUUUUUUUACUAUUUUCUACAUUGUAGAAUAAUAGUGAAGACAUCAAAACUAUGAAAUAACACAUAUGGAAUCAUGUAGUAACCAAAAAAGUGUUAAACAAAUCUAAAUAUAUUUUAUAUUUGAGAUUCUUCAAAUAGCCACCCUUUGCCUUGAUGACAGCUUUGCACACGCUUGGCAUUCUUUCAACCAGCUUCACCUGGAAUGCUUUUCCAACAGUCUUGAAGGACUUCCCACAUAUGCUGAGCACUUGUUGACUGCUUUUCCUUCACUCUGCGGUCCGACUCAUCCCAAACCAUCUCAAUUGGGUUGAGGUCGGGGGAUUGUGGAGGCCAAGACCCCCCCCCCCAGCUUAGACUCUUUUGGGUUAACCUAUGCUCUGUAAAGAUUGGAAUAAGUUUUCUUUAACGUUUACACAUGAGGUGUGUGACCUUUGUGUAACCCAGAGAUCUCUUCUUCGCCAAGGGUACACCAGGGACACAUCUUUCCUAGAGACGGUGGUGGACAUUGUUCAGGAGCUGAAGAGGUUGAAUCCUAAACUGGUGUAUGGUGAGUAACUAUUGCCACACAGAUGGGUAUCCCAUAUACUGUAGCUACACUCGGCAAGGUUGGGGGUGAAUGUAGAGCUUGGAUGGGAGUGUCUUCCAUCUUUUCUUUCUUUGUGUUAUCAGUGUGUGAUCCAGUGAUGGGAGACCAAGGCUCUAUGGUAAGUGUCCAUGCUUAUAGCCUUUUUAUUAUCGUUUUGUUAUCCAUGCGUAUAGUCCUUUGUUAUUAUUGUUAUAAUAAUAGUAAUGUUCAAAGCACUCAUGAAUAUACUACCCUCUUCUUUUCCAGUAUGUCCCUGAGAAUAUACUGCCUGUUUACAGAGACCAAGUCGUAGCAGUGGCUGACAUCCUCACACCCAACCAGUUUGAGGCAGAGUGAGUACAGUUGCUACUAGGAUACGUUGGGUUACAUUUAUUAAGUUGCUAUGUGCUGCACAACAUGCCAUAAUGUAGCUAUUACAGUAAUGAGACCAUGAAUGCUUACUACAGUGUUACUACCUCAGAGAAAAACCUGAUUGCUGUUCUUAGCCCUUUGUAGAGUUAUGCAGGAAGGCCCGAGGGGGUGUGGUAUAUGAGUGCCUGGACACAGCCCUUAGCCGUGGUAUAUUGGCCGUAUCCCACAAACCCCACGAGGUUCCUUAUUGCUGUUAUAAACUGGUUUCCAACUUAAUUAGACCAGUAAAUAGUAAUGUUUUGUCAUACCCAUGGUAUACCGUCUCAUAUACCACGGCUUUCAGCCAAUCAGCAUUCAGGGCUCGAAGGACCUCUUAUAGGUCACAAUCUCUUUCUUCCCUUAUAUUUUAUUCAUAAAGCAGCAGACCAAACCCUUCCCCAGCCCUUUUAAGGGAACUGUGCCCUGGUUUAUGCAUGCAGAAUCACACAUGGAGUGACUUGAUUUGCCCUGCAAAAUGCACCCUCUGGACAGAUGUGGAAUUACAAUGGGCAAACAAUGUUAUUUUGUAUAACAAGUAUGUCUUGCUCCGCUCUGUCCUGUACUGUAACCUCUGUCCUGUCCUGUAACCUCUGUCCUGUCCUGUAACCUCUGUCCUGUCCUGUAACCUCUGUCCUGUCCUGUAACCUCUGUCCUGUCCUGUAACCUCUGUCCUGUCCUGUAACCUCUGUGUGUCUCUUAGGCUGCUGACGGGGAGGAAGAUCAGCACAGAAAAAGACGCUCUUGAGGUGGGUUCCACUGUCCAUUGUAGAGCUAAUACACGAUGAUGAUGAUGAUGAUGAUGAUGAUGGUGGUGGUGGUUUUAAUAUUGACUUAUGAUGAAGGCUUCUUGCCCUCUCAGGUGAUGGAGCUGCUCCACCAGAUGGGUCCUGAUACGGUGGUCCUCACCAGCACAGACCUGACCUCUCCUCGUGGGGACCAGUUCCUAGUGGCCCUCGGGAGCCAGAGAAUAGGUAAGGCAAGGGCUGGGAGGGAGGGCUCUGACUGGUGAAGAAAUGUGUCUCUGUAGUGCAUGUGGAAGUUUAACUUGCCAACAUGUUAAAAGGUAACAGAGACUCAUACUGACACUGUGUCCUUCCCUCAGUUAGACCAGAUGGGACCAAGUCUACCCAGAAGAUUCGGAUUGAGAUGCCCAAGGUGGAUGCAGUGUUUGUGGGCACAGGGGACCUGUUUACUGCCAUGCUUCUGGCCUGGAGCCACCACCACCCCAAUGACCUGAAGGUCAGUAAUACCCCCAGCAGGGGGUUUAUUAGAUAUGUUUAGAGAUUAGAAUCGUUGCUAGGCCCGUUUCUUGCUCAGUUGUGAAUGGCUUGUUGUUUUUUUCAAUGAGCUGCUAUGUCCUUAGCCCAAUGUCAGAGGGAGAGAUGCUAGUGAAUGAUUGAUGCAGGUAACUGAAAGUCUAACAAUGGAGAUUGUAAUCACUCUUCCUCUGUCAGCAUGUUUGUUAGUGUCUCAGCCUCCAUUCGUCUCUCCCAACUAUCUACCAAAUCCAAACCCUGAAUAACUGCUUGCUGACGUCUACUUCACGUUGCCCCCUGCUGGUCAUAAGAAGAACUGAUCACAGCCAGGCUCUAUAUUGAUUGAUGACUGAGAGAUCAGUGUUUCUAUAAUCACCUCAGCAACCAAAUAAUUUUUUUUCAACAUGUCUGGCCAACUUACCAGUCCACACUCUCCCUCCAUAAACAACAGCCCCCUUUGUUGUCAGGAUAAUAUCAGGCAAUCUGUUGAGUAUGUUUUAGGUCUUAAGGUGAUCCCUCACCUCUGACCCUUAACCUCUCUUGUUUCCAAGGUUAUGCUCAUUGGAAAGGGCAAGUGCUGACGGCAGAGGAGCUUAACGUUCUCUGAGGAUAUCAAACUCAACAACGUAAAAAUAUGUCAGUUUUAAGAUAGAGAUACAGUGCUGUGAAAAAGUAUUUGCCCCCUUUCUAAUUUUCUCAACAUUUGCAUAUUUGUGAUACUGAAUGUUAUCAGAUCUCCAACCAAAACCUAAUAUUAGAUAAAGGGAACAUAAGUGAACAAAUAACACAACAAUUACAUAUUUAUUUCAUAAACAAAGUUAUGCAACACCCAAUUCCCCUGUGUGAAAAAGUAAUUGCCCCCUUACACUCAAUAACUGGUUGUGCCACCUUUAGCUGCAAUGACUCUAACCAAAUGCUUCCUGUAGUUGUUGAUCAGUCUCUCACGUCGCUGUGGAGGAAUUUUGGCCCACUCUUCCAUGCAGAACUGCUUUAACUCAGUGACGUGUGGGUUUUCAAGCAUGAACUGCUCGUUUCAAGUCCUGCCACAACAUCUCAAUUGGGAUUAGGUCUGGACUUUGACUAGGCCAUUCCAAAACUUCCAAUUUGUUGCUUUUUAGCAAUUUUCAUGUAGACUUGAUCGUGUGUUUUGGAUCAUUGUCUUGCUGCAUGACCCAGCUGCGCUUCAGCUUCAACUCACAGACGGAUGGUCUGAUAUUCUCCUGUAUAAUUCUCUGAUACAGAGCAGAAUUCAUGGUUCCUUCUAUUAAGGCAAGUCAUCCAGGUCCUGAGGCAGCAAAGCAUCCCCAAAUCAUCACACCACCACCACCAUGCUUGACCUUUGGUAUGAUGUUCUUACUGUGGAAUGCAGUGUUUGGUUUUUGCCAGGCAUAAUGGGACCCAUCUCGUUCAAAAAGUUUACUAAAGUUUGCUAAAAAGCACCUGGAUGAUCAUCAAGACUCUUGGAAGAACGUUCUAUGGACAGAUGAUUCAAAAGUAUAACUUUUUGGACGACAUGGUUCCAGUAAUGCCUGGUGAAAACCAAACUCUCCAUUCCACAGUAAGAACAUCAUACCAAAGGUCAAGCAUGGUGGUGGUGGUGUGAUGGUUUGGGGAUGCUUUGCUGCCUCAGGACCUGGACGACUUGCCUUAAUAGAAGGAACCAUGAAUUCUGCUCUGUAUCAGAGAAUUCUACAGGAGAAUGUCAGACCAUCCGUCUGUGAGCUGAAGCUGAAGCGCAGCCGAGUCAUGCAGCAAGACAAUGAUCCAAAACACACGAUCAAGUCUACAUGAAAAUUGCUAAAAAGCAACAAAUUGGAAGUUUUGGAAUGGCCUAGUCAAAGUCCAGACCUAAUCCCAAUUGAGAUGAUGUGGCAGGCCUUGAAACGAGCAGUUCAUGCUUGAAAACCCACACGUCACUGAGUUAAAGCAGUUCUGCAUGGAAGAGUGGGCCAAAAUUCCUCCACAGCGAUGUGACAGACUGAUCAACAACUACAGGAAGCAUUUGGUUAGUCAUUGCAGCUAAAGGUGGCACAACCAGUUAUUGAGUGUAAGGGGGCAAUUACUUUUUCACAUAGGGGAAUUGGGGGUUGCAUAACUUUGUUUAUGAAAUAAAUAUGUAAUUGUUGUGUUAUUUGUUCACUUAUGUUCCCUUUAUCUAAUAUUAGGUUUUGGUUGAAGAUCUGAUAACAUUCAGUAUCACAAAUAUGCAAAAGCAGAGAAAAUUAGAAAGGGGGAAAAUACUUUUUCACAGCACUGUAUCUGUUUUUUGCAUCGGAUGCGUUUCAAUCCACCGCAUCUGCCUAUGUGGCCCUUCCGCAUCUGCGGUGAAAGGUGACAGAGCGGUGUUUGUCAGACAUCACGAAAACCGGUCUUCUCACAAAGUCGUCUGUAGUGUCCGAACGGGGUUGGCCUUGAAAUGAUUAUGACCCCUCUAUGGACAGAUGAGACUCUCACGAACACCAGGGUGUUCUCCGUUUUGCUCUAAUGACCUGAAGGUCAGUAAUACAGGGGACUGGGGAGGUUAUCAAUGCGGAGAUAACCAAGCUACAUUAUCCUUUAAUAAUGUAAUAUGUAGUUUUAUCCAUGGACUAGUUGAUCUUUUCUAACAUACUUUGUCAUCUCUCUCAGGCUGCCUGUGAGAAGACUGUCUCUGUCCUGCACCAUGUUAUCAAGAGGACCAUUACCUAUGCCAACGGUGAGAUGAUAUACAAGUCUCUGCCUGCCUGUCUGUAUGACUGUCUAAUCUACACUCAACAAAUGCAACAUGCAACAAUUUCAAAAAUGUACUGGGUUACAUUUCAUAUAAGGAAAUCAGUCAAUUGAAAUAAAUUAGGCCCUAAUCUAUGGAUUUCACAUGAUUGGGAAUACAGAUAUGCAUCUGUUGGUCACAGAUACCUUUAAAAAGGAAAGUAGGGGCAUGGAUCAGAAAACCAGUCAGUAUCUGGUGUGACCACCAUUUGCCUCAUGCAGCGCGACACAUCUCCUUCUCAUACAGUUGAUCAGGCUGUUUAUUGAGUCCUGUGAAAUGUUGUCCCACUCCUCUUCAAUGGCUGUGCGAAGUUGCUGGAUAUUGGCAGGAACUGGAACAUGCUGUCGUACGCGUCGAUCCAGAGCAUCCCAAACAGCUCAGUGGAUGACAUGUCUGGUGGGUAUGCAGGCCAUGGAAGAACUGGGACAUUUACAGCUUUCAGGAAUUGUGUACAGAUCCGACAUGGGGCUGUGCAUUAUGAGAUGAUGGCAGCGGAUCAAUGGCACGACAAUGGGCAUCAGGAUAUCGUCAUGGUAUCUGUGCAUUCAAAUUGCCAUCGAUAAAAUGCAAUUGUGUUUGUUGUCCGUAGCUUAUGCCUGCCCAUACCAUAACCCCACCGCCACCAUGGGGCACUCUGUUCACAACGUUGAUAUCAGCAAACCGCUCGCCCACACGACGCCAUACACGCUGUCUGUCAUCUGCCGGUACAGUUGAAACCGGGAAUCAUCCGUGAAGAUCUCACUUCUCCAGCGUGCCAGGGGAAAGGAGGAUACCUAGUCAGUUGUACAACUGAAUGCAUUCAACUGAAAUAUGUCUUCAGCAUUUAACCCAACCCCUCUGAAUCAGAGAGGUGCGGGGGGCUGCCUUAAUCGACAUCCACGUCAUCGGUACCCAGGGAGCAGUGGGUUAACUGCCUUGCUCAGGGGCAGAACGACAGAUUUUUACCUUGUCAGUUUAGGGAUUCGAUCCAGCAACCUUUCAGUUACUGGCUCAACGCUCCUACCCGCCAGGCUACUUGCCGCCCCAGUGGCCAUCGAAGCAGAGCAUUUGCCCACUGAAGUCAGUUACGACGCCAAACUGCAGUCAGGUCAAAACCCAGGUGAGGACUAUGAGCACACAGAUGAGCUUCCCUGAGAUGGUUUCUGACAGUUUGUGCAGAAAUCCUUUGGUUGUGCAAACCCAGUUUCAUCAGCUGUCCGGGUGGCUGGUCUCAGACGAUCCCGCAGGUGAAGAAGCCGAAUGUGGAGGGCUGGCGUGGUUACACGUGGUCUGCGGUUGUGAGGCUGGUUGGACGUACUGCCAAAUUCUCUAAAACGACGGCGGCGGCUUAUGGUAGAGAAAUUAAUUACAUUCUCUGGCAACAGCUCUGCUGGACAUUCCUGCAGUCAGCAUGUCAAUUGCACGCUCCCCCAAAACUUGAGACAUCUGUGACAUUGUGUUGUGUGACAAAACUGCUCAUUUUAGAGUCUCCUUUUAUUGUCCCCUGCACAAGGUGCACCUGUGUAAUGAUCAUGCUGUUUAAUCAGCUUCUUGAUAUGGCACACCUGUCAGGUUCGAUGGAUUAUCUUGGCAAAAGGAGAAAUGCUCACUAACAGGGAUGUAAACAAAUUUGUUAACAUUUGAGAGAAAUAAGCUUUUUGUGCGUAUGAAAAAUGUCUGGGAUUUUUUUAUUUCAGCUCAUGAAACAUGGGACCAACACUUUUUUUAUAUGUUGCAUUUAUAUUUUUGUUCCAGUCUUUUUCUAACAUCUCUCCUCCUCCUCCAUCAGAGAUGGCCGGCCUUGGUAAGAGACCCAGCCCUGCUCAGUUGGAGCUGAGGAUGGUCCAGAGCAAAAAAGACAUUGAGGACCCGGACAUCGUAGUGGAGGCCACCAUCUUA